GGGGAAAAAAAAAAGGGGGGCGUGGCGUGGCGGCGCGAGGCCAGAGGGAGCGACGGGACGACGAGGCGCGCUGCUGCGGCUGCCGCACAAAAUGGCGGAGGGCGAUAACCGGAGCACCAACCUGCUGGCUGCAGAGACAGCUGGCUUGGAAGAACAGUUGCAGGGAUGGGGUGAAGUGAUUCUGGUGACUGACAAGAUCCUUCGUUGGGAAAAAACAUGGUUUCCAGCUGCCAUGCUUUCGGUCGUGUCUCUUAUCUUUCUGUUGAUCUACUAUUUGGACCCCUCUGUUCUUUCAGGUGUUUCCUGCUUUGUCAUGUUGCUUUGUCUGGCUGACUAUCUUGUACCUGCUCUUGCUCCUAGAAUCUUUGGCUCCAGUAAAUGGACAACUGAACAACAGCAGCGCUUCCAUGAAAUCUGCAGCAACCUGGUGAAAACACGUCGCAAAAUCAUUGGCUGGUGGAAACGCCUCUUCACAUUUAAGGAAGAAAAGCCUAAAAUGUACUUCACAACUAUGGUGUGUUUGUUAGCUGUGAUCGCUUGGAUAGGACAGCAAGUUCAUAACCUCUUCCUCACUUAUCUUGUUGUGUGCUUCGUCUUGUUGUUCCCUGGAUUAAACAAACACGGGGUAAUUUCCAAAUACGCUGGAAUGGCAAAAAGAGAGGUCAACAAACUCCUGAAGCACAAAGAAAAGAAAAACGAAUGAAGUGUUGCUUGCUCCCUCACCCAAAUGUAUAAUUCUGUUCUGGGAACAAUUCAGAUGACUCGCUGCGUAUUUAAUAGUAUAGAAGUGCUUAUACCAGCCAUUGCCUUUUUUAACUUUAACGUGGGACCCUUUUCUGCUGUACAACUCCCAACCACAUGGUCCCCAAACCCCACAUUAAAUACAGUGUGUUAACACAGACUGUCAUUCUUUUUCUAGUAAGUGUGAUUAGCAAUCUCUAGUGUAAUAAGGCUGUGAGAUCAAUAAUUAUUGGUGAUGGUUAAGCUGAUUAUAAUUGUGUGGAGCUAUCCCGUGUUAAUAUUUUCGGUGUAAAAGAUAGCUAAACUUCUGUAUUCCUUCUAAGUGUUUUAUGGACACACACACUGGACUGACCAGAUGUAUUUGGCAAUAUCCUCCAGAUUAAACAAAUACAAUUCGUAUUUUAAAUUGUGGAUUACAGUGAUUUGAAUAAGCAAGGCUGCUAGAAUUGUGCAUCCAAGUUAACCCCUAUCUCCGUAAUAAAAAUGUAUUGCACUGGAAACUAUACAGGAAACAGGCUUAGGAAGCGAAAUCAGCUUUUUUUGUUUGUUUGUUUAAAUUGCUGUAAUUUUGAUGUCGUGUUCUGAUGAUUUUAACAAACAACACAUUCUAAAAAAUGUGUUGAAAAAUACUUGAUGCAUCCAUCUUGUGAACAUGUUUCUCUCUUUGUUUUAUUGCUAUUUUGCUUUUAUUUUGAAUUAAAAAAACUAUGUCCUAUUUGUCUCCAAUAUGAAUCUAAAUUUCAUAAUUUCAAAUGAAUGAACAGUAUUAUUCCCAGUUUGAAACCAGUCUUGAGGACACUUAAUACUUUGUGUUUUUUUUAAAAAUUACAUUUAGGCUUUCUUUCCAGCAAAAUAAGGGUUGUUAGGAAAUUUAAUGCUUUUUCAUUAUUGCCUUAGAUCUGUCUCCUUCAAAUUAAUAAGUCAUCAGUAUAAAUUUUUACAGUUUUCUAUUAAAUAAAGGAGUACAUUUUUAAAAAUCUGCUUUGGGCAAAAUUGGUUUGGCUGGGUAAGUUGAACUGUGUUUUUCCUUUAUUUGCCUAGAAUUAAUACGAAUAUAUCAUAGGGACUGGAUGAUGAUCAACACACAAACUGGCCAGAUCAGUCAAAAGUAUUAUUCUUUGCUGGGCUUAAGCACAUCUGAAUUAUCUUGAUUCUUUUUUCCAUGGCAAAAUUUGCUUUUGCCAAUGAUACCAGUUGCUUGACUGUUAAGUGCGGGAUGAGAGAGAGGCCCAAGGUAAUUAUUACCUAUAUAUUGGCAAUGCAGAUAUUUGGUUGAGAGAUUUAAUUCAAAUCAGUUGUAAUAACUUAAAAUUAUUAGAAUCUAUUUAGUGCUGCACAGAGCUCCAGAUAAAUUAAUUUCAAUAGGAUACCAAACUCACGGCAGUUUGUGGUAUUAGAAUUUAUUUUUGGAGAAAUUAAACUUGGCUGAGAUCCUGCUUCUCCAAACCAAUUGAAACCUUUUCGUUUUGAGGAUGCCAAAUUGGUUCAACAUUGUAGGAAUGACUUUCACUUUUAUUAACGCCAUCUUUACUUUUAGAUAUUGGAUAGAUACUUAAAUACUACUCAACGUUCCUAUAGUAAGAAAGGCUGUAUCUUCGUCGGGUGAAGACUUUGAGAUUAGAACCCCGUCAGAGCAAUUUAUUUCUCUAAAAUGUGCGCCCUUUCAUUGUAGUAAAACAUACAAUAGCAGAAGCACAAGCAAAUGACAAAAAAAAAAUGUUUUGAUAAAAUGAUUUGAAGAAGUCAUUUUUAAUUUUUUUUUUAAAAGCACACGCUAUAUUUACUGUCACUCCCCUUCUCUUUUUAAUCAUUUUUUUCUUGGAUUGUAAUGCAGUGUUUUAAAUGAGCAAAAUGAUAUUGUAAGAGGAAAAAAGCUCACCACAUGUAAAAAGUAGGACAGAUACAUGUGGAGUGGAAGUUAGGAUAAGUUUUGCGUGCUGGUCAUUUUUUGUCCUUUCCUUUGUGUUAAAUGUGUAAUAUAGAUGGAUGUUAAUGUAUAUUUAGGAAACUAAAAGUUGAAUAAAAAUGUGAACAGAAGAAAAA